AUGAUUUUCCGACGCUACAGCGAUCGACGAAGAGCGUCCGAAGCUUGGAGGACACAACAAAAAUCAUCAUUUCAAAAGGAUGGUUUUGUGAAGUACACAACUGAUAUUUUGUUUGUUUGCCUCAUUUUGGGAUACUGUGAGUGGAUAGACAAGGUCUUUUGCGCAAUAUUGCUAAUAAUACAAUAUUUGCCUAGGACUGAGUCUGAAAAAGGCCAAAGUAUCGCUCGAAUUCUGGAAAUACUUCAUCAAUGCGGGCAGAAAUUACAAACAAAACAACAAAGAUGUGCGUAUUUCCCGAGAGCAAGCAUUGAAAGUCUCGGAAACGGAAGAGCAAGGGCCUCAAGUCGCUUGUGGGUCGCCGCUCUUCAGGGUUUGCGACGACCAACAUUUCUUAUUCAUUUCUCUACGACUUGA